AUGCCACCAUCACGGUCGGACAUCCGGAAGACGCCGCAGCUGGGCAGUGAUAGUCUGGUACCAUUUGACCAUGUCGCUGCAGGACACGACGGUGUCCGCUGCACCCUCUCGGGCUCGCUGAUCGCAAAGCCCUGCACUCCCCAAGAGAUCGCUUUCUACGAAUCCAGCGCCCACCAUCCAGCCUUCCAGGAGUUUAUGCCCCUCUACAUCGGUUCCUUAUCCUCAGCCGAGCAGCAGCAACCGCUGGCGAUUGCUGCCGCCCACGAAUCCGGCGCUGUGUUCCUCCCCCAGUCUGGCUCGACAAGCUCUAGCAGCGACACACCGGUAGAUACCCCCGCCCCACAAGAAAAAGAGCAAGGAUGGGUUCCGUCCGGGGGCAAGAAACUGGAAACGGGACUGUCGAUCGUGCUGGAGAAUGUCGCGUGCGGGUUCCGGCGACCGAAUGUGUUGGAUGUCAAGCUCGGAGCACGACUGUGGGCUGAUGAUGCGCCGGUACCGAAACGGAGCAGGUUGGAUGAUGUCUCGAAGGAAACAACGAGCUGGAGCUUGGGAUUUCGCAUUGCGGGGAUGAAGGUCUGGACCGGGCACAAUGGCGAUAUGGAUGAAGGGGGCAAAACCGAUCCCUACGCUACAAGGCACGAGGGUGCGGAGGGUGCGCCAGGUGAGGUCAUUGAGAAGGAUGGGUAUCGGCGUUACGAUAAAUGGUAUGGACGGUCCUUUACCGACCAAACCGUCAAGCAGGGGUUCGAGACGUUCCUUGCUGGUGCGAAAGCGGGCACAGUGGACCGUUCGGCGCUGGUCGCACGACGACUGGCGGACGAACUGAAGAAUGUGCAACGCGUGCUCGAGUUGGAGGAGAGUCGGAUGUACUCAUCGAGCGUGUUGGUGGUCUACGAGGGGGAUCCGGAGGCGAUGGAACAUGCGCUGGAAGAGGAGAAGGAGGUCCCUGAGCCUGGCACAGAAGAAGAUGAUGAGGAAGACGACGAUGGUGAGUUGGAUUUUGAAGUUUCGGAAGAAUCAUUGGAGCUGGUCGAUGUGCAACUGGGGAAUGGUCAAACUCAGAGGGCCGUCAAUAUCAGCAUUGACCCGCAGUCCGCGCAGGUGCCGGAUUUGGGCGAGGAAGACAACGAAGACGAAGAAGAUACGCCCAAGGUCCAUGACCUGCGAUUGAUUGAUUUUGCUCAUGCCGACUGGACUCCCGGGCAGGGACCGGACGAGAAUGUUCUAGUGGGCAUUCGGAGUUUGAUCAAGAUCUUCGAGGAAUUGGCGGAGUGA